UAUUUGUAUGCUCAAACAUUUUGUGUUUUUGUGGAAUUUUUGGCGUUACAUUGUUCCAGAUUUUAAUUAAAAUAAAUAAGAGUGCAGUGUUUGAAAAUGAUGGUGAAAAAAGAGGGCAGGACAAGGUGCCUAGAUAAAAAACACGUAUACAGUUUCAGGAACUCCUGGUUGGAAGAGCCACAAUUUCAAGGUUGGUUGCAAAAAAUUAGUGAAGGUGGAACAGAUGUGGCUUUUUGUUUAUUCUGUAAUCAAAAAAUAGUUGCUCACAAAAAAGUACUGCUGAGACAUAUCGGAACGCAAAAACAUCAAGAAAAUAGUAUUGUAAAGGUUUUCGAGAACGACGAGGAAAAGGAAGGCAUAGAAGUUCAAGUACAGGAUGUCCAUAAUGAUUAUUUUCAGACCGGCAAAGCAGCAGCUUAUUGCACCCAAACCUUGAAGACCGAGAAGGAAAUUACGGAAUUAGAUGGAACGAAAACCAAAAUAAUACAAAUUGGAUGUGCUUUUGAGGAUCCCCUUUGUGAGUACCACGUGGAAGAAUCAGUUAUCCCUGUAUCGAACUCAACGCAAAGCUCGGCCGUUACUGAACAAAUUCCCACCAAUGUAUCUAGCAACACCGAGCCGCACAUUGUAGAAAAGAUAAAAGCUGAAACCCGUUAUUUUAAUGAAAUGGCGGAACUAGCCCGCGCCAAACGAAAUUAUAUUGAGUUACAAACAAAAAAAAUAAAACUGGAAUUGAGAUCAAUAUUUAACAAAAGAGAUUAACAAAUGCACUUUAAG